AUGAGGAAGACUGAGAGGAAACACACCUCUUCUUUGUCGAGGACAAUACCGACUAAAGAAACCGAAUCCGUGCCAAGUGGGUCAUUCACUGCGUCUGGGUUUGUAUUCUCGACAUUGGCGGAGCCAUAUCGCCCAUCGAGAAGUGGGAACGCAUCUCCUAUCAUGGGCUCGAGACCAACAAGAAAAGAUCAACUCUCACAUUCCGCAGUAGUAUCGAGUGCACCAUCGACGCCAAGUUUAUCACAUUCACCACGUCGAUCGACCCUCUCAACUAUUACUUCAUGCCCCGAUGGCCCAUCUUCGAACACUAAUAUUAAUACUUCACUCUAUAAGACCGAACUGUGCAGAAGCUACGUCGAAACUGGAACUUGUAGGUAUGGCGCAAAAUGUCAAUUCGCACACGGCGAAAAAGAACUCCGUCCCGUCCAACGCCACCCAAGAUAUAAAACGGAAAUCUGCCAAACCUUCCAACAAACGGGAUCCUGUAAAUACGGCAGCCGUUGUCGCUUCAUUCAUGUCCUCCCUGACGAAACUAACAGCGAACAGGCAGAGUCACCCUCGUCGAACUUCUCAGAACUCUCACCGGAAGACGACAGUGAACGACUCCCAAUUUUCGAAAACCUUUCUCAUGUCUAA